GUAUCUUGUCACUACCAAAGUGUACAAAACGUAUAAAGAAGAAAAAGGAUAUUCCCACUUAUGAUUUACGCCACUCGCAGUGACUUUGAUUUUUCGUAUUUCUAAACAUUGCAUACGGAGGAUCAGUUUUGGUCAUUAUUAUUAUUAUUUUCUUCUAAAUAUAGUCCUUCAUUCUUUCGAUCACCAUGAUGUAAAUUUGCAUCCUCUCUAAGUGAGAGUUCAAACAGUCUCAUAGCGUAUGAGUGACUUCCUUAUUUCCGAUACUGCAAAAAGCCCCCUCUUCCUUCAGUGUAUUUGAGUUUGCGUCUUUACAACGCGUAAUGCGAGCGUUACGCGUCCCUCCUAAGACCUUCGGUUCAGCGCAUUUGAAGAUAUCUACUACCUAACCGGCAACCUUUAUGCAAGGCACCUCACUUCGAUUUCCAUACAUUUCACAAUUUGCAUUCAGGGCAACUGAACCCCGAGGAGCCUUUUUUGCGGGGGGCGGGCGGGGGUUCUCUAAAUCGCAAGGAAAACUGUAUGACAAGCUUUUUUCCUUUUUUUUUGCCUACAGAACCGUUAUACAGGUUACAUUACAUCUCUCUCCUUUUCUUAACCUUUUAAAGGGUUUGUACAUUUAGUGUAAAGCUCGAUACGGCGGGCACUGGAGUUUGCUAUAUCUUCAAUGCACAGUAUUUGCAAACUUUAGUUGCGCAAAGAUUGUAGCGGAGAGGGUGAGAGAGACUACCUCUUUUCUAGCCUCUAUUUCUACUAAGCAUUUUUUUUACUGUUUACGAGCUCAUCAACAAUAUCUUCCCGAUGUAUGUGUGUUAACGAGAAUAUAAAUAUCAAUAGUGCGUUAACAAACGUCCUAUUCUCUUCGUGUCUUUCUCUCACAAUAGUCAUUAAGGCUCAUUUGAAUGGAAUUUUCUCAUUAAUUCGAAUCAAGUUUUCUUGGUGCCAUUAUUCGGUUUGGAUUUUUUCCCUUCCUACUUCCUUGAAAUUUGAUAAUGUUGCUGCAAUCACAAAUUUUAUUUAUGUUGCUGUUGACUAUUUCAUCGACCUCUGGUAUUACUCCUUCACUUUUUUCCUUUGCGUAUUAAACUUACGUUUCCAAAAGAUUUUUAUUUCCUUUUGCAAUCUUCUUCCACUUACUUCGACGCUAUUAACAUCAAAAUUUAAAAAUGACACCGCUCGCAAAACUCAUUCCAAACACAGAGAGCCUUUUGAAACAGGCUGCAACUGUACCGCUUUCUUCCAUCACAUCUAAGUAUGUGCUACUGUACUUUUCUGCGAGCUGGUGCCCUCCAUGCCGCGGCUUCACUCCCCACCUGAUCGAUUUUUAUAACAAGUACCAUAAGGAGAAGGAUUUUGAGGUCGUUUUCGUGUCCUGGGAUGAGGAGAAGGAGGACUACACCCAGUACUAUGCGAAAAUGCCAUGGCUCGCCAUUCCAUUUGAGCAGAAUGAUGUUGUUAAAACUCUGAUUAACCGCCAUUCUGUCGAGUCGAUACCAACAUUGAUUGCCAUUGAAGCUGCCACAGGUAACGUUAUAACCACCUCUGCGCGGUCUAAGGUGAUGGAGGACUCUGAAGGAAAGGACUUUCCAUGGCCAGAUAAGAAAUAGGAAUGGGAAAUCUUAUUUCUCUCGCCUAUUUUCUCUUUCUUAUAUUAUAUUUAUUAUUACUAAUAUGUCCAAGCUGACAAAUAAAUGUCAUUAUUUCUAUAAAGGGUACAAGCUACGAUAGGAAUUUUGAAAAUUGAUUAUAUAUUGCAAAUAUAUUAUAGACGCAUGUAUUUUCCAGAUCGUGCUACAAUUAUUAAAUACUUCUAGUAUUAUCAUUUUAGUUGAUUUUUAAAAAAGAAUUCUUUUCUACAUAUCUAA